CUCUUUCAAAUCCCACGUGUACCAUUUUUUUUUUUAAAGGGUUUAAAUAAAAUAAAAUAAAAUAAGUAAAUAAGUAAACGUUGUCGCGGUUGGGAAGCAAAGCUAAAAAGCGCGCCGUCACGGUUUCCCUUUGCAGAGAAGGGCGAUUGGAAAUGGACCUGAGCGCGUUUGAAGCGGAUAAUUCCCGGAGCUGCCGCCUGGCGUCUGGCAUCCCGGAGGCGUGCAGGACUGAGGCGUGCUGCCUGGGGAUCGACGAGGCCGGCAGGGGGCCCGUCCUGGGCCCCAUGGUGUACGGGAUCUGUUUCUGCCCGGUGUCUAUGAAGCAGCGCCUGCAGGAUCUGAAAGUUGCGGAUUCGAAGACGCUGUCAGAAGAGGAGAGGGAGAGGCUGUUCAGGAAGCUGGACAAAGCGAAGGACUUUGUGGGCUGGGCUCUGCAGGUCCUGUCUCCCAAUACCAUCUCCACCAGCAUGCUGCAGAGGGUCAAGUAUAACCUGAACGCUCUGUCUCACGACGCUGCCAUCGGACUGGUUCAGUACGCCCUGGACUGCGGAGUGCAGCUCAAAGAGGUGUACGUGGACACGGUGGGACCUGCUGACAAGUACCAGGACAAGCUGUCCCAGAGAUUCCCGGGGGUGGAGGUCACAGUCAGGCCCAAGGCAGACUCCCUGUUCCCCAUCGUCAGCGCUGCCAGUAUCUGCGCCAAGGUGGCGCGGGAUCACGCGGUGAAGGACUGGCAGUUUGUGGAAGAGCUGGGAGAGACUGAGAUGCAGUAUGGAUCUGGAUACCCCAACGACCCCAAAACGAAAGCCUGGCUGUCCCAGCACCUGGACCCCGUGUUCGGAUACCCACAGUUGGUGCGUUUCAGCUGGAGCACUGCCAGGACCCUCCUGCAGAGCAAGGCUGUGCCAGUGCACUGGGAUGAUGAUGACGAUGGUGAAGGCGGCGAGAAGGCGUCCGCAGCCAAACAGAACUGCUCCUCCGUGCUGUCGUAUUACGGGAGGAAGAAGAACGAGGGAGCCAAGAGGCUGCCCCAUCGCUACUUCACAGAGCGGGCCCUGGAGACGGUCGGGGACCUGUAGCUCCACGCCGGGCCGGGUCCUCUUCAGAGCUGCUGGACCGUCCGGAAGAAAGAGUCGAGACGCAAUUGGGUAAAACCGCCUGGGGAUCGCCAGGCUCUGCUCACUGGUUUAGAGACCAGAGCUUCCAGUGGUAACUGGUGUAGCAAUACAGGAAGGGUCCGUCCCCCUCUCUCUCUCUGUCUGUGCAGUAUGCCAAGCUGAAGUCAAAGUGUAUUGAAGAUGCUUGCCUUAUUCUUGCCUCUGCUUAAAGAUGAGCUUCUUCUCCUCAUUGGCCGAUGUUUGUUCGUUCAUUCAUUCAUACAUUUUAAUUCUAUUUAAUAAAUAUUUGUAUUGA